AUGGAAAUGAAAUGCAUGACAACCGCUACGUGAAACAACUAGGAAAUAAAUAAGUAACAAAAAGUGCUUUCAUAUAUAACUUUCCGAACACAAUGUCCUCUGGACGAGGUCGCGGUUACACGGGGCGGCAUCAUCUACCUCAGCGCGAAACACGUCCCGGCGAAGACUUGGACGAGAUCAACGCAGCUAGGACCCUAGCGGAACUAAGUCCUAGAUCCACAGACACAAAAGUGGAGAUGAAAGGGGACGUGAGUGAAGAUGAAGAGAAACCUGUACAGGAUAAAACGGAGAUGUACCGUCCGGAAGACGACGCGCUGUCGGAGCUGCUGUACGUGGAUGAACAGUUCGCUCCCUUGUUGGUACUGUUGGAACAGUUUUCUCCCGGUGAGGACGGUAUACAGUUCAAUAGGAAGUUACGACAUUUUGAAACGACAGUCACAAACAUGUGUCCCGAUGAAACACGAUUGCAACAGGCGUUCGCGUCGUUCCGCGCGGCGGCGCUGCAGAGCUCGGUGACGUCACGCAAGCUGGCGGCCGUGGGCGCGUCCUUCACCCGCCAGCAGCGCCAGCAGCUGCUGCGCGCCGCGCUGCUCAACAUCGUCAUGCAGGGAACCUUCACUAAGUUGGAAGUUCUCGAGCGAUCAAAUCCCAUAUAUUUGAUAAAUGCAGCCAACUUGAUGGGUGAUUAUUUCGCAGAGGCUCGUCUUUGCAAUGGAAACAAAGUUCACAUUUUGGCAAAUCCGCUCCUACAGUAUAUGAGAGCUCUACUGGCAAGUGACGACUUAAGAGCACACCGCAGUCUCGCUACACAGCUCAUGCAAAAUGGUAGAGAACUGCUAUCUGUCCUAGCCCAAGAAUUAGACGAACUGUCAAUUUCCAUACGACUACGUCUGCUAACACCACCGCCAGUGAGCAUAAUAUGGCUACUAUUAUCAGCAGAUUUGUGCUUAAAUAAGUUUCUGCCUUUACCAAACACACUCCAGCAGUUUUAUGCAGCUCAUUUAGAUUUAACUACAGAUGAGAGUUUUAGUGAAGUUACAUAUGGGUCUUGGAAAAAAAAAGAUGACUAUAGGUCAGAUGCCAGCUCAGAUACAGAGAAAGUAAGUCAGAAUAUGUCACAAAUUAGCUUAAAUCAAGACGAGGAUACAAAACCAAAAUUAAGACCUAUUCUUGGAGCAGGUGCUGGGCUGUUAAGACAGGAACAGUUAACCCAGGAUAAUUUCGACACAUGGACAACAAAAAGUAGCUUAACAAAAAGAUACGACUUGAAUUCCUGGAGACAGACUGAUGAGGAACCCAAGAAGCCGGAAACGGAGCCUGUGUUUAACCCCACCGUUUUACCCCCUAAUAUACAAAAUUAUGUGCCCGACUAUCCCCCACCUAAUUACAAUUAUCAAGAGAACUACGCUAACUAUUUACAACAAGGGGAUGGUGCAUACAUACAGAAUUUCCAAUCAACGCCAAAUUUUAAUGCACCAGAAUUUGUCCCGCAGUACUCUGCUGAAAGACCUAACCCAGCACCGGAAAGAGUUAAUAAUGAAGUACAGAAAACAAGUAACCGAAGACCGGUGGAAAACUGGCGCAGAGAAAAGAGUGAUUUGAAAGAAGACUCGAAUAAAAAUAAAAAAAAUUGGACAAGACAGCGUUCACAGGAUAACCUAGAUGAUGAAAAUGACAAAGAUAAUGAGAAAUUCCGUUCCGUUUCACGGAGUUCACGAGAAUCCCGACAGUCGAAUCCUGGACGGGCAACUAGACGGAACAGCGGGGACACUGAUUCUAAAACAUCACCAAGGAGACAUGUUACCGAAGUGCCAAGAAAUCAUAAGUACUGGGAUCACGAUGAUCGCUGUGACAAAGACUACAAUAGUUAGUGAUAGUUUUGGAACGGUUAAAAGAUGUCGUUACUUUGAAAUUGUGCUUGUGAUCUCACUUUGGUGUUAUUUCGGACUGAAAGUUUAGUGUAUGAUAAAAAACUUUGAGUGGAUUUAUCGGAUUCGGUGAGUGAUAUAAAAAUUGUUUGUUAAUUUUGUAUAUGAAAUUUGGAUGUAAAAUUUUGUAAUACGCAUUUCAAAGAUUUUAACUAAUCUAGGAAUACAUUGAUUAAGAAAAUGGUCUAGAAAUCGCUAGCUUAAAGCCGCCAUGGCUUACAUUCAUAUUUAAAAGUGCCGCCAUUUUUAUUACUAAAGAGGUAAAUUCUACCUCAGACUUAUAUUACUAUGCACAAAAUGUAGUAAUUUAAAUUAUUGAUAAGGAAGCUAAGUAGGAAUCAUUAAAUACAUAUUCUAUAGCAAACGGUAAAGUAACUACACAAACAUUUAACGUAUUGAUAAUACACGAGUUAUCUCGUAAAUAAAAUUCUUGUGCAAGAAAUAGGAAAAUCAUUAGAAAACUAGACAAUAGAGAUAGUACGACUAGGCAGUCAAAUCAUGAUUAAUGGUCCUUAAAUUAAAACCUCUGAAACUCGUAGAAAUAUAUAUAGUCUGCCAAAUUUUUGACAUUAUACAGACAUGUGAAGCAGAUAUUUUGGAUAUUAAAUAAAUAAUUUCUGUAUUUUA